AUGGGGCAGUAUGUCACUGUGGACGGCUUUUCUGCUGUUACCAGUUUAUCCGGUAGCUCGAUGUGUACGCCGGCGGACUUGAGAUGCAGAGCGGAGUUGGCUGCAACAUCAGGGAUUGAGUCCAGUAAAGAAGGGUUCCAGAAAAAGGCCUGUGAGCUCAUGAAUCAGGGGAUACUCGCUUUGGUGUCGUCUACAGGAUGCGCAGCAGCCAAUGCGCUACAGUCUCUCACGGAUGCCAUGCACAUUCCUCAUCUGUUCAUCCAGAGGAACGGUGAUGGGACGCCCCGUGCUGAGUGCCAGCUUAAUCCCAGUCCUGACGGGGAACGGUACACGCUGGCUGCUCGGCCUCCUGUGAGGCUCAAUGAUGUCAUGAUCACACUCGUCUCUGAACUGCGCUGGCACAAGUUCAUCGUUUUCUAUGACAGCGAGUACGAUGUGCGGGGACUCAGAGGGUUUUUGGACCAGGCUUCUCGAAUGGGUUUGGACGUGUCUCUGCAGCAGGUUGACCGAAAUGUGACUAAGGUUUUUUCCACGCUCUUCAGCACAAUGAGAAUGGAGGAGCUAAACCGCUACCGGGACACACUGAGACGGGCCAUUUUGCUGCUCAGCCCUCGCACUGCACAGGUCUUCAUACAUCAGCGGAGCACUGUCCGUUUAAUCGUCAUCCAGAAUGCGUGUGGAGUGGCUGCGAGAAAUGAAAUCGAGGCACGUACAGUACUGUAUGCUGAGAAACACAGAGAUAAGAUUGUGUCAAAGCAGCUUGAUAUAAAAGAUCUAGCAAAUUGUUACUGCGGCAGCGACUCGGCCCCAGCCAUUCCCCUCAUGGACCAGCAGAGGUCACUCUCACCUGCCUUUUAG